AUGAAGUUCUCCGCCGCCCUCCUGCCUCUACUGGCAGCGCCCUUCGUCGCCAGCGAACACACAUCCAACUGGGCGGUCCUCGUCUCAACAUCACGCUUCUGGUUCAACUACCGCCACCUCGCCAAUGUCCUCUCGCUCUACCGCACCGUCAAGCGUCUCGGGAUCCCCGAUUCGCAAAUCAUCCUCAUGCUGCCCGACGACAUGGCGUGCAACCCGCGCAACGCUUUCCCCGGAACCGUCUACAACAACGCAGACCGAGCCCUAGAUCUAUACGGCGACAACAUUGAGGUAGACUACCGGGGCUACGAAGUCACAGUCGAGAACUUCAUUAGGUUGAUGACAGACAGAGUGGGCGAGGACAUGCCGCGAAGCAAGAGGUUGAUGACGGACGAGCGGAGUAACAUCCUCGUGUACAUGACCGGGCAUGGCGGAAACGAAUUCCUCAAAUUCCAAGACGCGGAGGAAAUCAGCGCUUUUGAUCUCGCAGAUGCGUUCGGACAGAUGUGGGAGAAGAAACGCUACCACGAAAUCCUCUUCAUGAUAGACACCUGCCAAGCCAACACCAUGUACUCCAAAUUCUACACCCCCAACAUCCUCGCCACCGGCUCUUCCGAAAUCGACCAAUCCUCCUACUCCCACCACGCCGACAACGACGUCGGCGUCGCCGUCAUCGACCGCUACACAUACUACAACUUGGAGUUUCUGGAAAACCAGGUCAAAGACCCCACGUCCAAACUUACCAUGGGCGAUUUGUUUGAUUCUUAUGACGAGGAGAAGAUACAUAGUCAUCCGGGUAUACGGUAUGAUCUUUUCGAGGGAGGCGAGAGGGCGGCGAGGGAGAGGAGGGUUAUGGAUUUCUUUGGGAAUGUGCAGAAUGUGGAGGUUGAGGGGAGGAAUGAGACGGGGUGGGUUGGGGAGAAGGGGAGGGAGGUUAAGCUGGUGAAGAGUCAGGAUCAGAGUGUGGGGAAUGUGAGUGUGGAAGAGGUACCGCAUAGAGCGCGUACAGAGGGUGCUUGGAAGGUGGAUGAAGAGCAAGGGUGGACGAAGCAGGCGUAUGGGGCUGCGGCUUUGGUGGGUUGUGCGAGUGUUUGGCUUGUGGGGAGUUGGAUCGAGUCUAUGUAG